GGAAGUGUCGGUGGCCGGCGAGUAAGAAGGGCUUAUUCCUGGAGUGGAGAUGGCGGCGCUUAGUCCGCUGCCCCCGCUGCCCCAGUUGCCCCCGCUGCCCCCACAGUUUAAGAGCAUACAGCAUCAUCUGAGGACGGCUCAGGAGCAUGACAAGCGGGACCCUGUGGUGGCCUAUUACUGUCGUUUGUAUGCGAUGCAAACGGGAAUGAAGAUUGAUAGUAAAACUCCUGAAUGUCGUAAAUUUUUAUCAAAGCUAAUGGAUCAGUUAGAAGCUCUUAAGAAACAGUUGGGUGAUAAUGAAGCUGUUACUCAAGAAAUAGUUGGUUCUGCCCAUUUGGAGAAUUAUGCUUUGAAAAUGUUUUUGUAUGCAGAUAAUGAAGAUCGUGCUGGGCGAUUUCACAAAAACAUGAUCAAGUCCUUCUAUACUGCAAGUCUUUUAAUAGAUGUCAUAACAGUGUUUGGAGAACUCACUGAUGAAAAUGUGAAACACAGAAAGUAUGCAAGGUGGAAGGCAACAUAUAUUCACAAUUGUUUGAAGAAUGGAGAGACUCCUCAAGCAGGACCUGUUGGGAUUGAAGAAGAUAAUGAUGUUGAGGAAAAUGAAGACGCUGGAGCAGCCUCUCUGCCCAGUCAGCCACCUCAGCCGUCAUCUUCAACGUAUGACCCAAGCAACAUGCCAUCAAGCAGCUAUACUGGAAUACAGAUUCCUCCUGGUGCCCACGCUCCAGCUAAUACCCCAGCAGAAGUGCCUCAUAGCACAGGUGUAGCAAGUAACACUAUACAGCCUACUCCACAGACUAUUCCGGCCAUUGAUCCUGCACUUUUCAAUACAGUUUCCCAGGGAGAUAUCCGACUAACACCAGAGGACUUUGCUAGAGCUCAGAAAUACUGCAAAUACGCUGGCAGUGCUUUGCAGUAUGAAGAUGUCAGCACUGCAGUGCAGAAUCUACAGAAGGCCCUCAAGUUACUGACUACAGGCAGAGAAUGAAGCCUUUGUACAACAUCCAUGCAUUUUUGGCUUAAAGAACUAACAGUCCACUACUCUAUCUUCAGCCUAUCAGGAGCAUAUUUUAAGGAAGACUUCAGUUCCAUUGACUAUAACAAUGGAAUCUGUGUCUGUGUAUCAGAUUCCUGUUGAAGCAUUCAUCAGCAGCCUCAACCAGUUUUCAUUGUCCAUUUAGUGGAUUCAGUAGUCUCUGGGUAAAUAGGGCUGAUGUGAGCAAGGUCCUAAAAAUGCUCAUUUGAACCCUGCUUGUUCAAAAAAUAAGAACACACUUCUAUAAAAUGUAUUGGGAAUUAGCUUUGUAUCUUAAUCUACAUAAAUUAAGGAAUUUUUUAAUCUAUAAUUUGGACAAACAGACCAUAUUACUUUGCUAUAAAAUUCUAAAUUUAACUUUUAAUAAAGAUUGCCAGAAUAUUCUAGAGAAGUUUUUGUUUUCAUCAGGACUUCUGAAACAGAUACAAACAUCCUAAACUGUUAGUUGAAUCUGAAAGAGAUUAUGUUCAAAUUUCAAUUUAUAUUCAUAUUAAAUAUAGCUACAUUAAAAGUUAAAAUGUUCAUGGAAGGAAAUGUAAUAAGGUAAAGAGGUAGAAUCAGUUUUAGACAUAAGAGUAAUGUUGGUUGCUCAACUGUUUUCCCUUAUUCAUUGACGCUUAAGGUGAAUUGGUAUUUGCUUCCUAGGCAGUUUGACUGCAUGUGUUAGAGAAUGAAAACAAGACAUUUGUAAUAAUGCCUGGAAACUUGGUGCUUUGAGUUAAGGUUCUCCUCUGCUGCUAUGGAAUGGAUUCCAUAGAGUGUAUAGUUAUGAAUGAUGCAGAAGAUUAUAAAAACAUAGACUUUCAGUUGCUAAGUUUGUAAGUUAUGUGGGAAUUAUGGACUUACUAUGUCACCUGCAUUUGUGCUGUUUAAAAAAUAAAUACAAGGAUUCUUUUAACUAAUUCAGU